GCUGAACUGACAUCAACAACUGCAGGAACAACAACUACGACUGCGAAAACUCCAAGUACAACGGCAGGUCCAACAACUACAACUGCUGAACUAACAUCGACAACUGCAGGAUCAACAACUUUUGCAGAAAAACCUGCAGCCACAACUGCAGUACCAACAACAACUGUAGGACUAACAAAAACGGCAAGAACUAUCACUUCUACUGCUGAACCCAAAACAAAAACUGAAGGAAAAACAACGACAGCUUCAGAACCAACAACUUCUAUAACAGCACCCACAACAAAAACAACUGCUGAACUGACAUCAACAACUGCAGGAACAACAACUACGACUGCGAAAACUCCAAGUACAACGGCAGGUCCAACAACUACAACUGCUGAACUAACAUCGACAACUGCAGGAUCAACAACAUUUGCAGAAAAACCUGCAACCACAACUGCAGGACCAACAACAACUGUAGGACCAACAAAAACUGCAAGGCCUAUCACUUCUACUGUUGAACCCAAAACAACUGAAGGAAAAACAACCACAGCCUCAGAACCAAAAACUUCUACAUCAGGACCCACAACAGCAACAACC